AUGUCCGAGUCACCGAAGUCCGAGAAAUACAUGUUUCUCACUAGAUACAGCACACCUGUCCCCGAACUCGAUGACCACAGAUUUCAACUGGAUCCGCCUCGAAUGGACGCCGCACCCGAUGUGCCGCUUAGCCGGCAAAAUACCGCGCCGCAGUGUUUGCACCCAGAGACUCCCCAACGCCCAGACCUGCUCAUUAUACAGGACGCCCUGCGAGAGGCCGGGUCCUUUUCGCGCGACUUUGAGCAAGCAAUUGUCGACGACGAUCGAUCGAUUCAAGAUCUCACGGCACUGGGACGUCGUUUCUCUGUUGAUCCCACCGGCAAUGUCCGACAUGGUCGCACUUACAGCCGCACACAUCAGGAUUAUGCCAACUUGUCGCGCGAAUCAUCCGUAUCAGCUAGAUCAACCUCCCCGCCUAACUCGGUCGAGGCGUUCGCAGAUCCACGUCGCCGGGAACGGGCGAAUACCCUGGAGAGCCACGGAGCUCCUGAUAUUGAGGCCAUUCUUCAACGUACUGUUUCUGGCGGUACGCACCAUCGCCGUCCAACGUUCAGCAAUGCCAGUGUGAUACGUCCGCAGGCUGGGGACACACAACUGGAGCCCACCGAUGAUGGCUGCGUGCCAACGUUCGAGCAGCCUGGCAGAAUCCCAGUCAUCGAUUACGAAGAGCUGGAAGAAUUUGUUGCACUCAGCCAGCAAGUGAAGCCCACAACAAGCAGACGUAAGCAUAGUCUGAGCUCACAGAGCAAGAAGCCGCGCAUUUUCUACGACCUUCGUGCGGGCGUCCAUAACUCCGACCGUGAUGGCACGAAACGAUCUUCAAGCACAGAGAAUUCAUCUGAUGAUAUACUGGAUUCAAUUUCCGCGAAGAAUGAGAAGCUAUUCGCGGAAGUUUCGAAUGAGAAGGAGUUACUUGAGAACAUGAAAAAUGAGAAUGAGCCCACCCGGUUUGGCUUUUUCUCUUCCGAAUCUCAAAGUACUGUGCAUGCUGCAGAGUUGGGUGACCUGGUCUUGCCUGGGGAUACUUUUCGUGAUCUCUUCCAGCUUGGCCCGGAAGGUGGCGUCUGGUGGCUUGACGUGUUGAACCCUACAGAAGACGAAGUGGGUGCUUUGUCCAGAGCUUUCUCCAUCCACCCUUUGACAACGGAGGACAUCCUAACCCAGGAAGCUCGUGAAAAGGUCGAGCUUUUCAAGCAGUAUUAUUUUGUCUGCUUCAGGACAUUUUACCAGAUGGACAAAACCAGCGAGCAAUUCAUGGAGCCCGUGAAUUUCUAUAUGGUUGUCUUUCGCGAUGGAGUGCUUUCGUUCUCAUUUACUGAGAAUCCACAUGCAGCUAAUGUUCGGAAGCGAAUCGGAAAGCUUCGCGAUUAUGUCUCACUCAGCAGCGACUGGAUCUGUUAUGCCAUGAUCGACGAUAUUGUGGAUAGCUUUGGUCCCGUGAUCCGUGAAAUAGAGGUCGAGUCGGAAGCUAUCGAGGACCUUGUUUUCAUUGCCCGUAUGGAUGAUUUUGAGUCCUUUUUACCACGCAUUGGUGGCCUUCGCAAAAAGGUCAUGAGUUUAAUGCGGCUACUGGGUGGCAAGGCCGAUGUUAUUCGGGGCUUUUCGAAACGCUGCAAUGAACAGUACUCAGUGACGCCUCGCGGUGACAUUGGCCUAUAUUUAGGCGACAUCCAGGAUCACGUCGUAACCAUGAUGUCUAAUCUGGCACAUUUUGAAAAAAUGCUUAGCCGGUCGCACACCAACUAUCUUGCGCAGCUGAAUGUGACCAACCUCAUGCUGGGUAAUCAUGUCAACAAAGUCCUCAGCAAGGUGACACUCAUUGCCACCAUGCUUGUGCCCAUGAACCUCAUCUGCGGUCUCUUUGGUAUGAAUGUGGAGGUCCCUGGACAACACACCGAGAGCCUUGCGUGGUUCUUCGGGAUCAUCGGCGUCAUUGGUGCUAUUAUCAUCAUUAGUGGAGUGGCCGCACGUCGCUACAAGCUUGUAAGCAUUCAAGAGGGAAGGAAGCCGGAUAACACAGAGGCGUACUGUACUGUAAUGUACUGGACUUGUAAUGUACACCCCAUCGGAACGCUUUCUUCAUUCCUCGACAGAGUACUCCGUAGAUUGAACCUCUUGUUCCAUCUACUACUCGGUAACUCUCUCACGACUCGGCUGGCCUCAGCCGUGAGAGGCAGCACAUCUCUUUCGUUUGCGAUUGCCGAUGCGGUUAUUUUCCUGAUCGCUUUCGCUAUGGCUCUUUGCGCUGGUCCCGUCUCUGCUGACGAUGCUGAAGAAGAAUUCUCGGCGCAGCUGGCCGUCACCAGCCACGGGACCAUAUACCUCGGCGAUGUCGACACACGGUUUGGGUUCCCACUGGAAUCAUAUAAUGGGCUGGAGUUUGAAGAGACUCGGGGACGAGAAUUAGACUUGAUCCGUCGAGCCCCAACGGGGGUGUCAUCCCUAGGAAACAACCAGUACCAGGAAGGCACGCUGAGAUUGGGUGAGACUCAGCAUUGGUAUUACCCUACAGAUUCGACCGCUGGCGAUAGCAGCAGCACCAACGAAACUACUUCGAAACGGAGCGAAGAUAUCGCAAAACGAUCGACGACCAUAUAUCUGUCCCUGACAGCCUGCUCGAAACCGAGUCUCAACAAGUCGGAAGAUGCGACCGGUUCCUCGUCCACUGUGCCACAACUGCAGGUCUUCGUCUCGCUGUCCGAAUCACUUGAGAAGCCCGGCCCCGACAAAGACAGUGCAGAACAACAGGUGUUUGUCGCGGAGGAGGGCUAUAUGGGCACGACUCUGGCAGCGGACGGGAAUGUGUAUAUCGGAGUCACCGCUCCCAAUAACACGCAGUAUUUGGGGUCGUACACGUACCAAAUCGCAGUAUCCACCGAUGCCUUUUUUCACGAUGUAAAUACCGAGGAUCAGCUUCUAUACCUGGUGGACUCGGAUACAAAAGCCGCACUCUUCACGACGAAAAACCUCACAGACACAGAUAUUGACGCCCAGGACAUCAGCAUAUGGAUGAACAAGACACCCCCGUACACAAUGUUUGCCAACAACUUGAACAGCACUGCAGUAUCGGGUCUGGAGCGAUCCUUUUGUGCCCUCGAUCGGCUUGCGCAGAUCGGUAUGAAGAAGGUGGAGCCCAGUAUGACUACACGUGGUGACAAGUUCCGGCCCAAGGAGCAACUCUAUGCCACUGGCCUGAAUAAAAGCUCUACCUAUUUAGGGAUCCUCGCCCGAUACGGCAAUUCUACCAGUGCAGGUAAUGGGAUAAUAGGUGGCGGUGGGAAGGUUUGGAAGCCGAUGAAUUUUUCUACGAAGACAGAGGACAAUUGCGCGCUGGUGUACGACCUUUCAUUCUGUUCAGAAGUCGCCUAUGCCGUGCCAUCGAACUCGUCCGCUCAAACCCCGAUCUUACGCACAUUCUAUGACGACAAUGCCGCAUCUCUCUACCAAAAUUUCAAUUACUCCCUCCAACAGGUUCAGUGCAAUGCUUCCAGCGAAACUGUGUUUUCCCUCGCUGUCUCCUGCGACAGCUGCGCCGAGGCCUACAAACAGUGGCUUUGCGCUGUAACAAUCCCCCGGUGCCAAGACUUUUCGAGCACCGACUCCUUUCUUCAAGUCCGCAAUGCGGGCCAGGCAUUUUUAAACGGCACCUCCAUCACCAACAGUAGUUUAUUGACUAAUCCUGCCACAAAUCGAUCACGGAAUCCGUUGAUCGACACUGACAUCCAGCCGGGUCCCUAUAAAGAGAUCCUCCCCUGCCAGGACGUCUGCCACAGUCUCGUCCGAAACUGCCCGUCCGCUUUAGGCUUCAGUUGUCCCGUGGGGCAGUGGUUAAAUUCUUCCUAUGGGGUCCGGGACUCAAAUGGCGAUAUCACCUGCAGCUACUUGGGAGCUGCGUACUAUAUGAGUAUGGCGGCGGGUCUCCGUCACGAUGUAUGGAACGCUUUUUUUGCCCUGACCGCACUAUGGACCGCGCUGUGGGCAAUUGAAUAG